GUGGUACUGGUGAGGUAGAAUAAAAUACAUUUAUUUUUAAUAAACCCAUAUCUUAUAUUCUCUCGUUUAUUAUUAUUAUUUAGAUGACGUCUAAACUUCAAGACAAAUCUUUAGAUUUAGCUAUUGCUUUGACUGAAGGACUUGUUGCAGGUAUUAGUAAAGGACAAGACUGGUAUAAAAUUAUAGGAACUUUUGUUGAUGCACCACUUUGUUGGGCAUUAUCAACAGGUAAAAAUGCUCGUUACACAUCUAUUGACUCACUUAAUAAAACGAAUGUGGCUAUUUCACGUUAUGGGUCUGGAUCUCAUAUUAUGGCUUUUGUUCUUGCUGACCAACAAGACUGGCAAGAACAGCCCUUUGAAUUUACAGUCUUGAACAACUUCAAGGCAAUGCGAGAUGCUGUAAAUGAUGGAACGAGUGAUUUCUUUAUGUGGGAGAGAUUUACAACAAAACCCUAUCAUGACUCAGGCGAAGUUAAGAAGAUUGGAAGUAUUACGCCCGAUUGGCCAGCCUUUAUGUUUGCUGCACAUACAGACAUAUUGAGAGAUAACGUAGAGGUAUUUCAGAAAGUUUUAAAGGCUAUCAACCAUGCUACUAGAGAGUUUGUAGAACAACAAGAUGAAUCAGUAAAACUGAUUAUGAAAAUGCUAAAGUAUCCUGAAGAGGAUGUACGAGAAUGGUUCAAGACAGUGCAUUAUGCGACUGAUCAUAAGCAAGUAUCUCGUCAAGCAUUAGAGAUUACAUUAAAGACUUUAUUAAAGGCAGAUGUUGUGAAGGAACCAGUAAAGAAUAUUGAAGAUUUAAUUGAUCCUCAAGUAGCUGAAUUAAUUGAUUAAAUAGAUAUUUUGAGAUAAUAAAAUUAAAUAAAUGCAUA